AUCACUUUUGUAGACCACCGCACAAACUCGCGCGAGACCAUUCGAUAUAAUUAUGCGAAACAUUUCUGCGGUGUAUUGAACUUCGCAAUCAAUGAAUAUCGGCAGAGUUACCAUAAAUAUCAUAACAGUGUUUACGCAUGCUCGGGGUCACGUGUCUAUUCUACUAUUGUUAUAGUAGUAUUUUCCUGCUAUAGGUAUUCAGUUAUGUAAAGGCUGAUCACUGCCAAGCGAGCGUAUUUAAAGCAGUUGUAAGAAAUCGUUGAGUUAGAAUUAUUCAGCUAGCGAAGAGACAUGUGCGCAUUGAUAGAAUAAUUUGCUAUGAUAUUGUGAAUAUUUUGUUAAUGUUAGUGAAUAAUACGAGUUUGAGCAUUUCGUAUAAGAACAAUCAUGUUGCUUGAAAAAACUUUGGCGGGUUAUCACGAGACGUAUUAUAAGGGAAAUUAUGGGGAUCCGGACCACCCGAGCAUUGGGAUGCUGGACACCAGCUCGAGAGGUAGCGGCCAGACAUCCCGUCUUAUCACGGCUAUGCUUGCAAACCGCUCCAUGCAGACGACACCUAGCGGCGACGCGGCGGCGUUCUCUCACGCAGCAAACGCUUUCCCUUCUUCAUACCCCAGCGGCAUGGGCCAUUCAAGCUCCAACGGAAGCCAGUUCAACAGCCGCAUAUUCGCGACCAACAGUUCGUACGGCGACGACUUCGAGCCCUCAAAAUCUGCGACUUCCGGUACAACUCAGGGCGGCAACCCGGCGCCACACGUCUCGGACUCCGGAUACCGUAGUUACGAUGAUGAGGCAGGUUACGGCUCCGGCGGCUACAUUCCGAGCCGGAAGCAGCGGGAGUUCAUACCGGAAAACAAGAAGGACGACGGCUAUUGGGAAAAACGCCGGAAGAACAACGAGGCGGCUCGUCGUUCAAGAGAGAAGAGACGCUUUCACGAUAUGGCGCUUGAAAACAAAAUCUUGGAUCUCACUAAGGACAACUGUAAACUCCGCAACGAGCUGACGUUGAUUAAAAAGAAAUUUGGGUUGCCUCAAGAUGACGUGUUCAACGGCGACGAAACAGUUCCAAAGAGAUCAAACUCGAUGUCCGUCAGCUCCACAUCACAGUCGUUAGCGCGGUCGUCGCAGUUGGCGGAGCUCCCAGUCCGAUACCCAAAUGCUCCCCCACCCCAGUCUCCACAGUCAACGCGCGUCAAACACGCCUCAGGCUCAUAUUCAUCCGCCGCGUACAGCUCUUACGGCGCGCCGCCGAUGCAAUCUUCUACACAGUCAGAAUCUUUUCUCACACGCGCUCACGGAGAUUCCGAAUUUCUGAAAUCUCACUCUGGUCAGUACGACGCUCAAUAUCCGUAUCUCAUGAAAUCCGUUAAAGACGACAGCCACCAGUAUCCGAGCCGCAUCGAUGAUCAAGUUAGGCCACUGUAUUCAUCCACCAUGCCCCCGAAUCGAAUUUCACCGUCCGGCCCGUCGCUCCCUGUCUCCGCUCCUAAGUCCUACUGGAUCCCGACUACGGACCUGACGUCAUCUGACUCGAAUGACGAGUCUGAAUAUUUUGAAGGCGUUCAGGAGCAGCCGCUGUCGCUGGUCAAGAAACGCCCAAGCACAGAGAACGAGUCCAGCGAGGACAUGUCAAACGCUUCAUCACGUGCUUCAAAUAGCCCGAAUUCAUCGACGACUUUACCGUUGAAGCUCCGUCACAAAUUGCCCCAUGACGGUUCUCAUUCCCCACCCACUCCGCCGAAAGCGACCAAUCCUUUUUCAUAUUCGACGGGUCUGGCACAACUGUCGGAGAUCGCGCUCUCUCAGUCCGGCUUCGCCUUCGGAAGCUACGACGACAGCCAAUCGCAAGAUGAGAUGGACGCUUACAAGAGCCGGUCCAGGAGCGGAUCAAAUCCGAGAGCGUUGUUCGACGUUAAAUACGUGGAAAGGCGACGUCGCAAUAAUGAGGCCGCGCGAAAAUGCCGCGAAAAUCGCAAACAUCUGACGAAGAUCCGGGAAGUUAAAUCUGGGUACUUAGAGAACGAAAACGGUAAGCUGAAGGAAGAGUUAAUGAGUUUGCAGGACGAAAUGCGUGAACUUCGCGGUAUGCUGGAGAAGAAACGAAAGACAAAAGGCGACGCCAUUGACGUUGAGAAAAAUGCUGAUUGCGCAAAAGACAAUAAAGACGAUAUUGAAAUCAUCAGUGCGUCUGGUGUAAUGAACAAAGACAUUAAAGAUGAAAAUGGUAAAAUGGACCAAGAUUAAGUCACUUUGGGAGAAUCGCCGAAUCAUUUGUAGACAUUGUACGGGUAGAAAUUUCUCAGGAGAUGUCAAUCACGUGAUAUCAGAUAUGGAGAAAAAUAUAUAUUAUAUAUACCUAUAAAGUUUUUGUACAGAACUUAAUAUUUCUUUGUGUAUGUUUGAGAGGAUAAUAGUUUAAUUGUUUAUGAAAGUUUAAAAAUAAAUAUGAACGUUGGCAAUUCUUAAAAAAAUGUUGACUGCAUAGAAAAUAUAAUGUGCUAAUGUUUAGUUUAGAUGUUGUAUUUCGAUAUUAUGAGAUCACUUUGCACUGGUUCUUUUUUUACCAUUAGUUUGGUAUUCAGUUAAGUUUACCUUUUUUUUUCAAAUCGGAUUUGACGCAAUUGUGACCUGUCUACCUUUCAUUUUUUUCAUUGUUUAUUCAUUCCGAAGAUAUUCCAAAUAUCGACCUCAAAUCGAAAUCGCAUAUACAUAUGCAUGAAUCGUACUUUUUUAAACUUUGUAUUAGUGCUUUUUUACUACGUAGCCUUCUUUUUCAAAUGCUUUUGUUUAUUUCACUGCACAAAGUACACGAGCAUAUUUUAUUAUAAUUUCCUUAGUUAUCACAUCAAUAAAUUAUGUUACAUUCCGAUGAAAAAUCUGACUUUUCAAAUUUAUUUUUCCAUUGAUUCUAUAUCCAAUAUAUUUUGAAUGCUUUCAUGGUGCCAUAUGAUAUUUAUUUUUAAAAUGUAAAGCUAGAUUUUUUGACACAAUGCAUAUCAAUUAGUAUGCCUUUUGAUAAUACUAUUUAACAAUUAUUAAAUUGAAAUCCAUAAAAUUGUGCAUGCUUUUUCAUCCAUAAAUGUCAUAUCUUCCAUUGUCCUGUUUACUACCAAGAUGUUUAGGGAAAUUCUUUUAUUUUUAUGUCUCCCACUAUAGUAGUGGGGGAAAUAUUGUUAUUCCCCUGUCUGUUGGUUGGUCUGUUGGUUGGUUGGUCUGUUGGUUGGUUGGUUUGCGCCAACUUUAACAUUUUGCAAUAACUUUUGCCAUAUUGAAUAUAGCAACUUGAUAUUUGGCAUGCAUGUGUAUCUCAUGGAGCUGCACAUUUUGAGUGGUGAAAGGUAAAGGUCAUCCUUCAAGGUCAGAGGUCAAAUAUAUGUGGCCCAAAUCGCUCAUUUUAUAAAUACUUUUGCAAUAUUGAAGAUAGCAACUUGAUAUUUGGCAUGCAUGUGUAUCUCAUGGAACUGCACAUUUUGAGUGGUGAAAGGUCAAGGUCAAGGUCAUCCUUCAAGGUCAGAGGUCAAAUAUAUGUGGCCCGAAUCGCUUAUUUUAUGAAUACUUUUGCAAUCUUGAAGAUAGCAACUUGAUAUUGGGCAUGCAUGUGUAUCUCAUGGAGCUGCACAUUUUAAGUGGUGAAAGGUCAAGGUCAUCCUUCAAGGUCAGAGGUCAAAUAUAUGUGGCCCAAAUCGCUUAUUUUAUGAAUACUUUUGAAAUAUUGAAAAUAGCAACUUGAUAUUUGGCAAGCAUGUGUAUCUCAUGGAACUGCACAUUUUGAGUGGUGAAAGGUCAAGGUCGAGGUCAUCCUUCAAGGUCAAAUAUAUGGGUCAAAAUUUCUCAUGUAAUGUCACUUCUGCAAUAUUGAAGCUAGCAAUUUUAUAUUUGAAAUGCAUGUGUAUCUCAUGGAGCUGCACAUUUAAAGUGGUGAAGGGUCAAGGUCAAGCUCAUCCUUUAAGGUCAAACGUCAUAAAGGGGGACAUUGUGUUUCACAAACGCAUCUUGUUAUUCAUGAACAAGCUGUUACUUGUACAUUUGUACAAUCCUUUCGGUACUGUAAUGUUAAUGCUAUGUGCGGUUUUGAAAUGUUUAAAAUCAAUGCCAGUAAUUAUUGAACAGACGCUCGGUUAUUGUCGGUGUUACUCGGAUGGCUUGUGACUGUUUUAUCUGAUGAUAAAUUUAAUCGAGUUUUUUAUUUUUCUGGUUGACCUACUAUACACAUAAAAAUUAAUUUGUAAUCGCAAUCUUAAGUGAAUUUAGUAAGAUUUUUAAGUAAUUAUAAUUAAGGGAGGAAUGUAUUUAUGACAGUGUCUCUUUAAAUGUGCAUAUUGGUGUUCGGGGUGGGCACCAAUACGUUGCAAGGUGUGCCAUAAUUAUUAUUUAUGACUUUUGUUUGGUGCACGUUAUAGUGGCAUGUAUACAUGAUAUAUAUAUACACUGUGCUAUUUUAAUGUUUUAUUAUGCAAUAUCAUUCCAUUGCAGAAUUUUCAACAAUAUCAGAACAUUAAGAUUAUUUAUCAUUCGGCUUAAACAAGGAAUUCAUGAAACACAAUUAUUAACAGAUAAUAAACUGUUAGUUACAUUUUUUUCAUAAAUAUGAUUUCAUUAAUGUUAUUAAUCAUCCAUUAAAAUCAUCGGUCUUAAGUGGACUUUAAUUUAUUGAUUUCGAUGUAAUUAAUGUAUCGCCUCAUAUAUUUAUAAACAUCUUCAUUGCUACGGGAAUCAUAACUGUCGUUCUUGGUCAUAUUAAGUAUUAGUUCGAUUAGGUUUCGUAGUCACAUUUCUUAUCAAUAGAACGUGAUGAUUCCAUGUAAAAGCAUGGAUGCUAUCAAAAAAUAAAACUUAUGUCGACAAAUAUGUUAAUGUUAUGUCACAAUUUAAUUGGAAGGAUGCAAAUUUUUGGCAUGGAAAUGAUAGGUGAAUUUUUCAAUGAUAACAUUUGCUAUGAUUAUGUGCUGUCAAAAUAUAUAUAAUUGUUGUUGUUUUGUCUCUGAAGUUCUAAUAUUGUAUCUACCUCAGUGAUGUUUGUAAUAAUUUGUUAUUUUAAAGAAAAAAGGUCAUCAAACGACGUGCAUGAAAGCUAAUAAGCUUGUUUGGAUGUCAAUGGAAACGUUAUAUAUACACUGUCGUUAUAGAGUGAAGUAAAAAAAGUUAAAAACACAAUAA